AUGAAGCUGUCGAUACUACUCACCCUUCUGCCUAUAUUGGCGGUAUCCUCAGCCGCACCAGCUCAAGAAUCCAGUAAAUCUAUAUCUUCCUUGAAGGUACAGAAUGGAACAUCCACCUCUUCCAGGGCCUCAACCAGUACUAUUGACAAUUCAUCUAGGAGAUCUUCGAUCACUUCAGUCAAGUCAAGCGUAAUCAGCAGCAGUAGUAAUAAGGUGAUCUCGGCCAGCAAAGCCUCGUCAAGCUCAUCAACUAGUAAAUCAUCUUCCACAACGACUUCUAAAGCUCCUUCUAGUAGUAGUACCAGUAAAGCUCCUUCAAGUACCCUCAAAUCGUCGAGCUCAACGAGCAAGGUCUCAUCUACAACCACCGGCAGGUCCUCAUCGUCGUCGUCUGCCUCCAAAAGCUCAUCCGUAUUGAGUACCAGUAAAUCCACGAGCUUAACUUCUAUUGUCAGAGUAGCUUCGUCAUCAGUGAAGGUGUCAGCAUCUUCUCCAACUGACAAAGUAUCCUCCACUUCUCUCAUCAAAACAUCUUCCACUACAAGGCAGAUCAAAGCCUCUUCUAGCAGUGCUAAGGUGUCUACCUCCUCGUCAUUGGUAAAGAACUCUGUACCCUCUUCGUCGAUUUCAAAAAGCUCAAGUACCACCAUACCGACUUCCAAGGCGGUAUCUUCUUCUAGCGUCAAGCCUGUAUGGUCCACGACCCAGGUAUUAACAUCAUCCGUGAGGUCUUCCACUUCGUCGACUACCGUGAAAACGUCUACUACCUCAGCAACCUCCAAGUCAUCGACACCAUCUUCUACUAUAAAGCCUUCCUCUUCCACCAUCAAAUCUUCCACUUCUCUUUCUACUUCGGCAGUCCGAACUUCUAGCUCUUCCAUGAAACCGUCCACUACGACUUCUGCCUCGACCUUCAAAUCUUCCACAUCCACAUCGACUACUAGAGCUUCCACUUCAACAGCCAAAACUUCAACUUCGUCAUCCAGUAUCAGACCAGCUUCCUCCUCCAUUUCAACGUCCAAACUAGCCUCAAUCACUACAUCAUCCACCAAACCUAUCUCCUCAUCUGUCAGUAAUACCCUGAAGUCCACUUCUACCUCUUCAGCUGCCCAGACUACUUCAUCAUCCCCAUCAGCAGUAGGCCUAGGUCUAUCCUCAGCAAGUUAUUCCAAACUCGCGACAACCAAGGGUCUGGGAUGGUACUACAACUGGUCUCCUAGUGGUUUCAGCGGUAUGACAGCAGAGUUCGUACCGAUGAUAUGGGGUGAGGGGUCGAUCGAUCCCUGGGAUGGAACCGUACCCAGUGGAUCGUCCCAUAUUCUAGGAUUCAAUGAACCCGAUCAAAGUUGGCAAGUUGGUGGAUCAGAUAUGAAUGUGACUUACGCUGCUACACUCCAUCAAAAAUGGACUAACAAACUUAAAGAUAAGACUGUUAAGAUUGGUAGUCCGGCAGUGGCGAGAGGUGGUGAAUGGUGGUUUAAUGGAUGGAUCACAGCUUGUAACGGUCAAUGUAAAUUCGAUUUCGUACCUAUACAUUUCUACGGUACGAAUGCCAACGACCUAAUAAGCUAUAUCAAGUCCUUCCCGGCCCAAUCGAAACCCAUCUGGCUAACCGAAGUAGCCUGUCUAGAUUUCUCAUCUGGACAGAUCUGUACACUCGACCAAAAUAAACAAUUCAUGCAAACCGCAAUAACAUGGUUCAGGUCUACCGAAGGUCUGAAAUACAUCCAAAGAUGGAGUUGGUUCGGUGCAUUCCCAGAUUUGUAUGAUAAACCUUAUGGGUUGGAGAAUCAGGAUUCGACGUUGAACGAUCUAGGAAAGUGUUAUUUGAGUUUAUAA